AUGGGCUCAAAUGUGCUCUUGGUCCACAAUGAUAAAGUUUCGCCGGUGGGAAUGGUGUACGAUGGCCGUGGCUUGCCAUUAUGUUUAACGCGAAUCUUCAUUAUCAUGGGGGCCGUUUUCCCAGCAAUUUAUCCCGGAGAAGUGGAAAAGAUCUGCAACUCACUCAAAUGCGAUCAAGUUUCGGCUAAUUCGGCUUUUAUGAUGGCGAAUCCCGAUAAAGAAUGUGAUGCGCUUAUUUUCCUUUCUUUUUUCAACGUCUCAAAUGCGCGGGCGAGAUUUAGUCGUACGUACGGGCGAGAAACUCCUUGUGAACGCAGUCCUAUGCAGUGA